CAUAUGAUAAUUUAUAAUUUUAUUUUAAAUUUAAAAAGGUGGUAAUUUACAUUUAUUUUUAUGGCAACACACUUUGUUCCGGAAAAACGAUGCGCUGCAACGACGCUUUCUCGCCAAUUAAACAUUUUAUUUAAUCAUUACGUACUAAUUUUGGUGAUAAUUACAUUUUGUGUUAUCAGUUCGUGUGUGUGGAUUGUUUACAAUCAAAAACCAUAGAUCAUGAGCCAGAAGCUGUCAACGCGCAAAAGCGCGGUAAAUGACGAAAAAGAUAAGAGGCAAACAGACAGCCCGGUGAAGGAAACGAAAAAAAAGAUGGCGGUCGCGGUAGAGAAGGAGAAACAAGCUGCAGAAAAAGCUGAGAAGGCGGAGAAAUCCGAGAAACAAACAGAGAAGAAUGCUGAAAAGAAAGAUAAGAGUGGGGAUAAAAAUGAAGCACAAGCGGAGAAGCCACCAGAAGAUAGUAGCAAAGGAGAGAAGAGCGGAAAGACGGACAAACACGACAACAAACACAAAAGCAAAGUGCACAACGGCGCCUGCGACGCGCUCGCCACCAACGGCGCCGACCUGCGCAACGGCGCGCCCAGCCCCGACGACGACGACGACGCCUUGCUCGUCAUCGACGACGAGCCGCGCGACGAGCUGUUCCCCGAGCUGGCCUACGACACCUCCGACACCGAGUGCGAGCCCGACGCGCCCAGCCGCAGCCUCACGCGCCGCGACCAAGUGAAGUCGACGCGCACGCCGGAGACGCCGCGCCCCGCCUCCGACAAACAGACGGACAAGGAGCACGAGGAAAACAAAGAAUCCAAAGUGCUCAAACUGAAGGAAGAUGCUCAGACAUCGGAUCGCAAACUCCGCUCAUCAGACUCACCCAAACGCGACUCAAAGAAGGCACAAGAGAAGAAGCAGGACAGUAAAGAACCAGAAAAAGAAGAGAAAGCCGAAGAACAGCCUAAAGAGCAAGAGAAAGUAGAGUCGUCAAAGGAGCAAGAGAAAGAGUCGCCUGCGCCCGUGGCGGAGGUACGACCGGAGACAAAAGAGAGUGACAAAGAAGAGAAGAAGCAAGCGGCGGCGGAGAAGUUUGAGAUGGAAGUGGUUAUUGAAGUGGAGGCAGAUGAGGAGCCGCGCAAGACCGACACCAACUACAGCAAGUCGCGCGUCAAGGUGUCGCCCUACAGGCGCAGCCUGCGGCUCGCAGAUCAAACCACCUCGUCCGUCAUGGCCAACUACACUGGCAACAACACGACGAUGGAGAUGGACAUAACGGAGACGUCGGUGGAGGCGGAAGACUCCGCGCUGGACCGCUCCUUCCUGCGCGGCCUGCGCAACAUCCGCGGCCGCAACUCCUACAAGCAGCUCGACGAACUGAACCUCAAGCAUCUGGCCAACAGAGCCAAUCGGUCCAGCCUCAAUACGUCAGGCCGCGAGGUGGUGCGCGAGGUGCGUGAGACGCGCGAGACUCGCGAGACAUUGGAGGCGGUGUCGCGCCCCACCGCGCCCGUCGUGGGCCGCAAGCGCGGCGCCGCGGCCGACGCGCCCGGCCCCGAGCCCGGCGCCGCCGCGCCCGCGCCCAAGCGCGGCCGGCUGCUGCACCGCCUCGCGCACACCUUCCGGCGCGCCGACAUCGCGCCCGAGAUCGUAGGCAUCAACACGGACUUACCGCUGACGGCGCCAGUCGCAUCCGCCGAGAGCUUCGACCCCGAGCGGCUCAAGGCGGCGCCCGCGCCCAGUGCAGGAGGUCUGGGGGGCGUGGGGGGCGCGUCGGCCGCGGGGGGCGUCGGGGGCUCCGCGCCCCUCGCCACGCCCCUCGCGCCGCACGAGACGCGCGACAACAAGCGCUGCCUCAUCAUGUGAACACCGCCACAUGGGGAGAUGUGUCUUGUAUAGGUCUCUGACAAGUAUUGAGGGUGUGGGACAGAUGUGGAAUGGUACGCUGUUAAUGUAUUGCUGGCAAUCGUGACAGGCCGGCAUGAUGCUAGAAGGCUUAUUGGGCGCCAAUUUCGAAGUGUUGUUAAUAUCAGGUGCAAUGUAAUUUGCCACACAGAGAUUAACUAUCUUCUAAAUGCCUUACUGCAUUUACGGUAUUGAGGGAUUUAGCAGUAAAUAUACAGUGGAAUGUACAAAAUAGAUGUUCUAAAGAUGACCCGAACAGAUGCAUCUCCCUAAAAUAAUCGUUUUGUAAGAAUAGUGUAUGUUAACUGGACGCGAUGGACUCUAAACGUAGAAAUAAUCGGACACCUUAUACAAGCUGUAAAUUACUAAGAUAAUACGCCUUUCAGAAUUAGUUGUUAAUGUUUGAACAUAGACAAAUGUAGAGUGUAAUCACUUUGUGCCACAAAUAUAAACAAAUGUGUACACACUAAAAAUUAUGUACUUCUAUGACUUUUUUUUAUAUACGGACGGGCACGUCAAAGUGACCCCAAUGCAUGAUGGUAAGUGAAGUGGAGUGCAAUAGAAUGUCGACUAACAACAGAUGAUUACCCCCCGACAGUCGACACAAUUAUGCCGGCCUGUUAAAACUGGAUAUACACAGGCUGAUCCCGGAACGCGAAACAUUUACGUGGGCCACUAUGGCGGGUUUUAACACGUUGUGUACAGUGGUCGCUAUCUGGGCGGAUAUAAAUCCUACCACCAGCAAUUGACUUAAUAAUUCUGCCCUCCUUUGCGUGUUAAACUAUACAUAGUUAUACAAACAAACAACAGUUACAUGGGUAGAUGAUUGUUUAUAUUUCAGGCAUUGUUGAAUGCACCAUACAUGUAGGUAUGAGACAAUGGUGUUAUAAGUUAACGUGAAGUUUUCAUUGUUGUAACAGGAUCGAUGCGUGUAUAACCGAUAGAUACUACCGAUUCAGUGGCUACUGCGAGUAGUAAAGUCCGCCAUAUUUGCUCACUAUCAGCCAGUGUAUAUGGCGAGAGUUGACAGCAGCAACGUCUCUCGGGGAGUGAAAUUUUUAUCAGUUUCUCUAUUUUUGAGUUUGUGGGAAGACAUACAAAAUUCAUGUUAAGUAUAAAAAUUAUUUUCAUUAAUCCUAGGCUGGUGUCUCCCUUGAUAUCAGGCCACGUGCUCAUUAGUCGGUCUUUUAUAGUUGUGUUGGUUGUACAUGCAUUUCCCACAAGUACCCUAGAUAAAGUAAAACGUUAUGUGCCUAUGGAUAGCUCGCCCACCCCGUGCCCACCGCUUUUGUGCGUGUCAUCCCAUAUUGUCAUGAUUUUACAUAACUUGUUGGCUACCGCAUAAAUAUGGACUAUAUGCCCCGGGCAUUAAGGUCGUCUACUCAUUAAUUGUGUAUAAAAUGGGGGAAAUAAAAUAUACAACACAUGUAACAUAGAAUCAUUAAGUUCGAAGCAUUGCAAGUUCAAAGCUCGGCUAAUGCUCAUUUUUUUGUAAAUUUUAAAUGUUUGUAGCCAACAUGUUAUGACAACACAUCAAAAUCAUUUUUAUAAUGUUCAAACCACCACUGAGUAUUCAUUGAUGCAAAAUAAACGUAUUCAAAUUAUUGUUUAUAUAUUUGAUUGGUUUGCAUAACGCCUAAGUAAAUAGCGCUAAACAUAUUUAACAUCUUUUAAAAAUGCUGACAGUGUUGUUAAUUGUAUUUAUUGUAGUUAGCCAACCACAGUGUUCCGUAGUAGCUAAAAUUCUUCCCGAUUUUGUUGACUUUCUGUUCAACUUUAAAGUGAUAAUAUUGUCCACUUAUAUAUUUUUCCUCAUUCAUCUAAAAACCAGUGUAAUACUUUAUUGUGGAUGUAAUGGGAUUCCUUCUUCACUUCACGUAUGCUAUCGAUGUUCAUUGAAUGCCUAUGAACAGGCUUUGCCACUAUAUUUUUAUAUCAAUCUAAUAACCUCUUCGGUAGGAGAAUGUUUAGUUUAUGUGUACCAAUUAAAAGUGAAUUGGGUGUCCAUAACAGAGAAACUUUUGAAAACAACUGUUAUGGAUUUGAUGCUAAGUUUUCAGUAAAAAAUAAAUUCUAAAUAUGUCGCGUUAUGCUUUAUAAUAAAUAUGACCUCACCAAUAGCGUUACAUACCUCUAAGUAUUAUCGGUAUUAAAUUUAUAAUCGAAUAAUCGUUUUGAUUAUCGAUUAAAAUCCCCGUCCUCACCGGAGAGGUUAACUCACAGUCGUCUUACAAUCGAGAUCAGAACACCAUUAUUGUAUUAUUUGAUAUAAUAAAUAAGAUUUUUAUGAGAUGUAAUAUAGCUAUAGAUAUAUUGUUACUGUGUGUCGACAUAUGACGUGCAUUGAUCGAGUGUGAGAUGCAGCGAAUAUUGAUGAAAGUAUAUGAAUAUGUCUGUAAACAAAUAUAACGACAAAAAUAUAAAAUCAAGUUAAUUUCUUGCCACUGUAUACAAUAUUAUAUAUUUUUAAAUUUGGAAACAUCAAUAAACUCAUUUAAAAUUAUGUUUAAUAAGAAAUCGUUUAUAGUCAAUAAAAAUCGACUUAUUUGUAAUGUUUAAAUAUCAUAACAUUCUAUUUUCAUUUCGAUUCGCUCCGUCUCACGCGCUAUAUUUCUUUGGAUACGUAUUUGUAAAUAUGAAAUGAUCGAUAAACAUCUUUAAUGUUAAUACAAUCUGAUGCUUUUACACUUAGCGAUUUUAAUUAAUAUUUAAUUUCUGACGUCGCGUUACAGCUACUUGUCAUUUGCAGUAUACUUUGAGCAGGAAAGCGGGAAGCAUUGCCGCUUGCCUUACACGCUGCCUUGGGUAUAAUACAGGAAGUGACUUUCAGUGGAGCAGCCUGAACAGUAAGGUAAAGAUCUAAUGUGCCAUUAAUUGAUCAGAAUGUUAUGAAAAAAGCAUUUAUUCUAGUGUAUAAGAGUAAACCAAGUAGAUGGAAAUAGUAUUUUAAUCAUAUUGACUAAGCCAACCGGACCGAAAAACACGACGUCAGAAAUUUAAAAUUAUAAUACUGUUAAGUUAGUGUCGUGUUCAAUGCAUCGUACCGAGUGACGGUACUGCGCUAUUUUAUUACUGGACGCAAUAUAGUUAUAGUUGAUCAUGUCUGACGUGUUGUUGGUUCGAUAAAUACGUUUUAGGAUAAAAAUAUCGAUAAUUUCACAGGUGGAAAUUUCUCUUAGGAGAUUUUUGGGAUGGAAAUUUUAGUCCAGGUAGUGACUACAUUAGACCAGAAUAUAACGAGCGUGGUUCAAAAAUUUUGUAGUAGAUAAACUCGAAUGGAAAUGUAUUUUAUUAUUUGAAUUGGCAACACGUCCGAAGUUAGUGUUAAGUUAUGAGGUGUCUCAGUGGGAAGUGAUACUUCUAAGAGGCACCGGUUUUAUCGAUUUACAUGAGAGAAUAAUACAUUUAGAUUUAGUUACUUUUUUGAUUAUGUGAUGCAAAAAAUAAUAGUUGAAACUGAGAAAUCAUUUGUAUGAUCUUCUAAAACUAGGAAAUUUAAUAUAGUGGAUGUAUUCAAUCGAACUUUCGGCUUCUGUUGUUUACGUACUAUAGAAGGUAUUGAUAAAAUAUAUCGAUAAGUAUGAAUUAAAUCGUUACCACAAUUUAUAUCGAUAUAUUGAUCAGGAAAAUUGUGCAGCUGUUUAGUAUCUUAAUUUAGUUAUGUCGAUAUGGAGAUAAAAUUAAAAAAUUGCAGGAAUAGUAUCGAUAAACAAUUAUGAAGAUUAUGCAAAUGAUGCCCAGAGCAAAUAUUUCAGAACUGCCCAAAGAUGAACGUGUUAUGAUUGAACAAAUGUAAUUAUGUUCCACCAUUUGUAUUGUCCAUUUUUUUAUUAGAAUAAAGUUGAAAAACUA